CACAACACAAGCGAAACGAGCGAAAAUUCUUUCCUCUCUCUCUCUCAUUCCCCACACCACACGAUUGUCACCUGACCACGCUCGCUCGUCGGCUGCUCACGUUCUCUCCUCUCGCUCACUCGACCGCAAUGUUGUCUGCGCUGCGUGCUGCGGCGGCUGUGCCGCGGACCUUUCCUGCAACGGCUGUGGCCAUGCAAGCCCGCUCCGCCAGCUCUGGUGCCCAGGCCCUGAAGUAUGAGAACCUUGUGGAGUCGACCACCACGUCUCCCGGUACUCUCCCGGAUCCAACCACCCUGGCGUUUGGCAAGCAGUUUGCCGACCAUAUGCUCGUGUGUGACUGGUCCAAGGAAGAGGGGUGGGCCGCUCCUGUGAUUGAGCCCUACGGCGACUUCAGCCUCAGCCCAAGUGCCCUCGUCCUGCACUACGGCCUCGAGUGCUUUGAGGGCAUGAAGGCGUUCCGCGGGGUCGACGACCGCGUGCGUCUCUUCCGCCCGCAGCGCAACAUCACGCGUCUGCUCAAGUCGUCCCAGCGCCUCACCCUCCCUUCCUUUGACGGCGAUGCCUUCCUCAAGCUCCUCACCCACCUGGUCAAGAAGGACGCGGCCUGGGUCCCUGCCGGCCGCGGCUACUCGCUCUACAUCCGCCCGACCCACAUUGCCACGCAGCCCAUCCUCGGCGUCGGCGCCACAGAGCAGUCCCGCCUCUUUGUCAUCAACAGCCCCGUCGGCGCGUACUAUGCCACGGGCUUCAAGCCUGUGCGUCUGCUCGCUGAUCCGCAGUUUGUGCGCGCGUGGCCCGGCGGUAUGGGCGACACCAAGUGCGGUGGCAACUACGCUCCAACCAUCCUGCCCCAGCAGCACGCCGCAGAGCGCGGGUGCCAGCAGAUGCUCUGGCUCUUUGGCGAGGACGAGAAGGUCACGGAGGUUGGGACGAUGAACUUGUUUAUGCACUGGAAGAAUGACGACGGCGUUGAGGAGCUGAUCACGGCUCCGCUCGACGGCACCAUUCUCGAGGGCGUCACCCGCCAGAGCAUCAUCGACCUCGCAAACCAGUGGGGCGAGUUCCAGGUGAGCGAGAAGUACUUUACGAUGGGCCAGCUGACGCGUGCGCUCAAGGAGGGCCGCGUGUACGAGAUGUUUGGCAGCGGCACCGCAGCCACCGUCUCCCCCGUCGGCGAAAUCCUCUACCGCGAGGAGACGCUGUCCAUCCCGCUUGAGCUGGAGACCUCUGGCAAGCUGAGCAAGCGUUUCAUGGAUGAGCUCUUUGCCAUUCAGUUCUGCGCUUGGACAUCUGAUGACUGA